AUGCUCUUUCGUCGGUCGCCAAACACAUGUACUGUUAAUGGACUUAGAUGUUACGCCAAACAAUACGCUUCACAGGGGUCCAAGCCCGUUAAGAAUAAGAAGCACCACUUGGCAGCGUCAGUUGUGAAGAAGAAGGCGAGCAAAAGAUCGCCGCUCAACCCUACUCCGUUUCAUUAUGGUAACUUUGGAGGGCUCAAAGAAAGCGAAAAUGCAACUGUAGAGAAAACAGCUGGUCUGCUAAAGAAGAUUACAGACUUUGAACAACUCAAAAUUCUACCUCAGGUAAGAACGGCCAUAACAUCAAUCAUAUCGCGGGAGUCAAUUCUCAACAACAAGAACUUUAUUCAAACGAAUCGCAGUGAAACACGAGCUAUAAGAAAUGAUUCUAUACUAGACCCAAAAUCCAUCAAACCUUCUCCAAUACAAGUGGCAGCCAUUAAGAAACUAUCAAAAAACUUGAUGGAUAAAAAACUACAGACCAACGUCAUCGCAGCGGAGACAGGAUCUGGCAAGACAAUGGCGUACCUCACGCCUUUAUUCGAGUUUUUAAAACGAUCCGAAUUAGAAUCACCUGAAGAAUGGCAAGUUAUCAAAGACAAGGCAGUAAUACGAGCAGUGAUCUUGGUACCCACUCAUGAACUGGUAGAUCAAGUAUACAGAACCGUGCAACAGAGUGAAGAGCUUUUAGGUUUUCAUACUUUCAAAUGGGAUUCAGGUGCUACCUAUAGUGAGUUUCUUGAAAGGAUAAAAUCAAGAAUAGAUAUAUUAAUAACAACACCAGGUAAGCUUUUAAAUCUGUUUAACGUCAGAAUGAUCAAUAGACCGGAGAGAAUGUUGUCUAGGGUACAAUUUGUUAUACUAGAUGAAGCUGACACUUUAAUGGACCAAUCUUGGUUAGAAGAUACACACAAAGCUAUACAAUCCAUGCCAAAUACCAACCACCUUCUUUUUUGCUCCGCGACAAUUCCUAAUGAAUUCAAUAAAACUAUGGAAAGAUUUUUUCCCACUUGUCAGGCUAUUACUACUCCCAAACUGCACAGACUUCCAUAUUCUCUGGAUUUUAAAUUAAUCGAUGCAACUUUAAAUCCUUAUAAAGGUUCCAAGAUGAAAGCACUAGCUCAGACCUUGUUUGCGAUCAUGAAGGAUGGCACUGAAGCUGGAUUUGAGAAAAGGUGCAUCGUUUUUGUGAACGAAAAGAAAGAUGUUGAAAAAGUUAGAGAGCAACUGGCCAAUAAGUAUAAUCAUGAUUGUAUUGGUUUAACUGGCGAAGAUACCGUUGAAGAAAGAGCAGAAAAAGUCAAACCUUUUAUAAGCCCACCAAGGCUCCUGGAGGGCAUGAAUCAGAAUGAUGAUAGAUUAUUGAAGACCGAAAUCAAACGAACCCCGCUCUCGAUUCCAGGUUCGAACAUAGUUUUAGCCUCGAAAGAAGAACUUCAGCCUUCUAGAAGAUUGGUCGCUUUGAAAAUUUUAGUGACCACAGAUUUGAUGGCAAGAGGACUUAAUUUUCAAGGUGUUCGCAAUGUUAUAUUGUAUGAUGUUCCCAAAACAUCUAUAGAUCUUGUUCACAGAGUAGGCAGAACCGGCCGGAUGAAGCAAAGCGGAAGAGUUUUCAUGAUCACAGAUAAGAGCACGAAAUCAUGGGCAAAAGGAAUCCCAAAGGUCGUUAAAAAUCAAAUUCCUCUAUCUUAA